UCAACGCGGCGAGUCCACAACGAAACACUGAACCAAGUCUUCGCGCGUCCACCGACCAAUCGCGCGACUUCAUCUGAAAGAAGAGCGAACAGGUGGGGACAAGUCGAAGAACAGAGCAGAGCCGAACAGAGGGAAAACAAAGAGAACGACCGAGAAACUAUCACCGCGAGCAAUCAUUGAACAGAGCACCGCAACCGAGAUGAACCCAGUGAGUCGGUCGGUGUAACCGUCGACGAGUGCGCGUGUUUGGUCCGCGUGGUGAGCGUACAAUCGGUGAGUUCUCGAGCCGAGCCGGUGUCCUCCGAUCGAAUCACGUCUAACCGCCACGAGGAGACCGUGAUGGAGGACGCGAGCAAGCUGACCGAUCCCGAGGAGGAUCGCCGCCGCAGCCCGACCGAGAAGAGCAAGAAGCUUGGCAAUGGGUCAACGGGCCCGGUGGAGCCGUCGAGUCGACGACGAGACUUCGGCGACGAUGAGUGUAGCACCGACAGCGGGUGCAGCAGCGGCGGCAGCAUCGGCAGCGCCGAGAGACUGUCCCGCCGCGGUAGCAGCGAGCGUCUCUGUCGCGCGACCAGGUCGCCGAAAUCUCAUUGCUACCUGGACCGGCUGCGAGGCCGGCCGACCUGCUCGCAGGAGCGGUUGUCUAACGUGCAGAGGAGCUCGGAGAGGGUCCGAGCGAAAUCCUCCAGGUCCUGGAGCCCCGGGGAUGUCCGAGGGAUCGCCAGGACCAACGAGUCCAUGUCCUACUCGCCCAGCCCCUCGGACGUCCAGAGCAGCAGCAGCGACAGCGACUCGUUCAAGAAGUCCUUCACCGCGGACACCCUGCGCAGAGCCUUCCAGACGCUCAAGAUCACCUCUAAAUGGGAGGGCAAGGAGAACAAGCACGCUAAGAAGAGUCCCAAGAGGAUCCUACGCAGCCCGGUGUCUUACACGUAUGUUAGAGGUUUGUCUGGCCUACCAACGCAGAGGGUCCCCAGGAGCGCGGCCCAGCAAUUGUCCAUGCCGUGUUCGUGCCAGGAACACGUUGGCCUUUAUCGAUAG